UGCGCUUGCGAACGCAUCCCCGACGGCUGACUGACUGCUGGCUUUGCCCGAGACUAAUCAACGGGAUAUUCGGUCCAAGAGGUUAUCAUCGUACGUGGUAUGGCUAAUAGGCCACUGAAGACCGCUUGAUUGUCGUUGAUUGUCGACUGAGUGAUGAGAUCGUAUGCUAGUUCGACGAUUCUGUUGCUUUCCUUUCGUCAGAAGGUGAAGGGUGAUUUCUGUUUGUGAAUACCAAUGAAACAGUGAAUUAUAAUUUUAUGGCAGUGGUUGAAGACGAUGUUAGAUUGAAAGCGAUUGGAAGUCAUUUAUAAAAGUUACAAGACAAUUGACGUGUUGAAAUUCCCCUUUCAAAAUGGGAUCGACGUACAACAAUCUGGUAGCAAUUUGCCCGAUGACCGAAUUCUACAGUGCUUAAUCUUUGAAAACAAUGGAUACGUUGAGCUGUUGUAAAGUUUUUUGUUGACAUUGUAUUUGCAAUGUUAGAUAAUACAAAUCUUUGUAACAAAUGUUGCUGGAUUACGAAAAGGAAAACUUGAUUUCGAAAAGUACGAAGGAGCAUCGCGGCCCGAAAGCGAUGCAGUCGACGACGUGCCAGCAGCAGCAACAACAUCAGCAGCAGGCAAACAACAACGCUGCCAAUAGUUCGGCGAGUCGUACGUCCUUCCUCAUCGAAGAUAUCCUCAGUCGCGGCAGCGUCAGCGCGGCGGCGGCCGCCGUCGCCGUGCACAACAGUCAUCACGCGUCGUCGAUCAGUCAUCAUCAACAGCAGCAGCAACAGCAGAUUGCCGCGCACGUUUCGCAAGCUCAUCAGCAGCAGCAGCAGCACGCGUAUCAGCAAUUCGCCAUCAAUAAUCUGCUUCCGGGUUAUCCGACGGCACCACCGACCGCCGCAGCUUUCUUUCUUGGACCGCUGUUCGGUGGCGCGGGGAUGGGCGUUGGCGUUGUACCUGGCGUUGGUGAUCUCGCUGCACUUAAGCACUGCAGGCGACGGAAAGCGAGAACGGUAUUCAGUGACCAGCAGUUAGCAGGUUUGGAAGCGCGUUUCGAGGCCCAACGUUAUUUGAGCACACCGGAAAGAGUCGAGCUCGCAGCGGCACUUCACUUAUCGGAAACACAAGUGAAAACUUGGUUCCAGAAUCGACGCAUGAAGCAUAAAAAGCAGCUCAGGAAGCUCAACAGUAACAGCAGUUCUGGAGGUGGAGGUGGCAGUUCUGGAAUAAGUGCCAAUUCGUCCUCGUUCACGCAAGCUACUAGUGGACAAAAUUCUACUUCACCUGCUGAGCGACCAGUGGACUUCUCACUCGGACCGUCAACCGGCGGCGGUCGUGAGAGUCGAGGAUCGAGCGACGCAAUGGCCGACUCGGAUUCCGACGAAAUCGACGUACUGGGCGAUGAAAGUCCUGGCUCGCCGCGACACUCAUCGCCACUUCCAAAGGAGCAUCACUCAUCGCUACAUCAUCACCCUGUACAUCACCAUCACCAUCACGUCGUGCAUCCGCAGGUCAUUGGCCUUGAGCAUCUGCAACGCCAUCAUCACUGAGACACGUGUGCGUAAGUAGGACUCUCGCAUGUGAUGUGCUCUUUAUAAAGCAAAUGUUUCAAUUUAAUUUAGUUUAAUUUUAUUAUUUUUACUUCUUGCGCGAACUUCGUUCCGGUUUUAUUUAUCGUUCGCAUAAGCGAAGACGGUUGUCCGUUGUUAAUGAGGAUUCGUUUGUUUAAUUGUUUUUCUUUAUAUCUCACUUGUAUUAGUUAUAAGAUGAGGAUUCAAUUGAAUUGAAUUUGUCGCAGUUGAAUUUAAAGGAUGCGCUAGCACAUAUUGUGUAAUUGUCGUGCACUGAUACUGCAAUUUACGUGAUUUUUUUUUCGAAUGUCCCGGCAAAGUCAUGUGAGUCAAAUUUGGGAUGACUGAACACUUUGGAAUGACGAAAUUUCGGGUCACAGAAUUUUUUAGUUUGUGAAAGAGAUAUAGUUAACUGAAGGUUGUGCAAUAGAUGAUUGAUUUAAUUAUGACUUUUUGAGUUUAUAUUUUUUCACAAUUUCUGUAUUUAUUUAUAUGUAUGCUAGAUAUAUUAAAUUACUUUUUAAUUUGUACUUGUAAAAUUUAUUUCGAAAAUCGAUUUUUAGUGUAGAUAUUGGUAUACUACUGUGACACUCACGUGGUCCAAAUUUGUUGAUCAUAAAAUACGAUCAUUUACUUACAUAAGUUUGCCGUCGAAUGGAAAAAAAACCAAACUACGUUUCCAUUAUGUAGAAACGUAAAAAUAAUCAAAGAUUUUAGAUAUGAUGCCAUAUCUUGUUUAUAGUGCAAUUCAAACUAGAAACAUACAAUAAUAAAGUGAAUAAAACAGCGUAAACAAAAUGUUGGCAAAUUUUCAACGCAGAACUACCAAGAUUUUCAGAGGAAUCCGAUAGUUGACACGAGAGAAAAGUAACUCAUUACUUUUGUAGAGAAAAGAAAUGAUUAUACCGAGCUUAAUAAUUGUAGAAACAAAGAAGUGUAAAAUUUUAAGCAAGCGAUUUAGCUACAUCAUUAUUCAUUGUAAAUACCGAUUUUAAUAUCGCUAAAAAAAUGAAAAAAAGACAAAUGUAAGUCCAUCAA